AACGGACUCUGGGCGGUUGAGUUCCAAACGGAAAUCGAACGGUUGACUAAAUGAGGAUGCAUUAAAUAAAUUAAAUCACUUGAAACCCUACAAAGUCGUAGUGCAUUACUAACGAUGGUUCAAAAUUGUAAUGGCAUACCUGUUAGUCAGGGAGGUGAAUAUUGCUCGAAUAUAUUCAAUCUUCCACAGUAUCAAAAUGUUACGCAAUUUUUUACUAGUCAGUCCAUUCUUCCUAUUGGAGCCGGUUAUGGAAUCGUUCUCGGGUUUGGGUUUUUCUUUACUGUAUUAACUUCAUUCCUUGUUUGGUUGGAUGUGAAAAUUGCUGGGUUUGUCAUCAACUCUGAGCAUUUCAAUACUGCGGGAAGAAAUUUAAAAAAGGGCUUUAUUGCUGCAGUCGUGAUAUCUGCCUGGACCUGGGCCGCUACACUUCUUCAAAGCUCUAAUGUUGCAUAUGAAUAUGGAAUUAGCGGUCCAUUCUGGUACGCUGCUGGAGCUACUCUUCAGAUAUUUCUCUUUAGUGUGUUAGCGGUAGAGUUGAAAAGAAAGGCUCCUUCAUGUCAUAGCUUCUUAGAGAUAAUUCGAGUACGUUGGGGAAAAAGCGCACAUUGUGUGUUUCUGGGUUUUGCUUUCUGCACAAAUAUUAUCGUGACUUCCAUGUUGCUAUUGGGAGGUUCUGCAGUUAUUGCUGCUUUAACUGGUAUGAACAUCGAUCUUGCAUCUUUUCUGAUCCCACUUGGUAUUAUUGUAUUUACCCUCCAUGGAGGCUUAAAGGCUACCUUUUUAGCAGAUUACAUCCACACUUGUAUCAUUUAUAUUGUACUUUGUAUUUUUUCAUAUCUGAUAUACGCAACGUAUCCUCUUUUGGGAAGCCCUUCCAAGGUAUAUGAUAAUCUUAUGAAAGUUUCAAAUGUUCUUCCUAUUUCUGGCAACAAGGACGGAUCUAUUUUGACAUUUUUGAGCCGAGGUGGUUUGAUAUUCGGGGUAAUUAACAUCAUUGGUAACUUUGGUACUGUCUUUGUGGAUCAGUCUUAUUGGUUAAGCGCAAUUGCAGCUAAGCCAAACGAAUCUUGGAAGGGUUACCUACUCGCUGGCAUCUGUUGGUUUUCUAUUCCAUUUACUCUGUCUACUUCUUUAGGUUUGGGAUGUCUCGCUUUAGAUUUGCCCGUUACUUCACAGGAAGCAGGCUCUGGUUUAGUCCCACCUGCUGUAGCUUAUCAAAUGAUGGGAAAGGGAGGUGCAGUUCUCAUGACGAUAAUGCUCUUUCUUGCGGUAACAUCUGCUGGUUCACGAGAAUUGGUUGCUGUCAGUACUCUUUGUUCCUAUGAUAUUUAUCGAACUUAUAUACACCCUGAAGCAACAGGGAAACAAAUUAUUCGGGUUUCGAGAAUGGUUAUUAUUGUGUUUGGGCUAACAAUGGGAGUAUUUGGUAUCGUUUUACAUCAUAUUGGAUUGAACCUGAAUUGGGUUUACUUGUUUAUGGGUAUUGUCAUUGGUGCCGCAGUAUUUCCAGUGGCGUUUGUAUUGACUUGGAAGAAUGUGCCUGCAUGGGGAGCAAUAGGAGGUUCCAUUACCUCAGUACUCUUAGCUGUGAUGACAUGGCUUUCCGUUGCAAAGGGACUAUAUGGAAAAGUUUCAGUAGAUAGCUUGGGUGAGAAUUAUCCUAUGCUUGCUGGGAAUUUAGUAUCUAUAUGCGUAUCCGGUAUUAUAUGUAGUAUUUCUGCAUUCAUUAGUCCUCAAAACUUUGAUUGGCGAGAAAUGACGCAGAUACAAGUGGUCGAAAAAGAUGAAGAAGUUGAAAGGAUGCAAACAGAUAAGAAACUGCAAGAAAAUCUGAGACGAGCUCGAGUUUGGACUUACUCAUUGGCCUUUGGAUUUACUAUUCUGAUCAUUAUUUUGUGGCCAGUCUUGGCUAUUCCAGCAGGUGUCUUUUCAAAGGGCUAUUUCACCUUUUGGGUAAUACUAUCUCUUAUCUGGGGAACUGCUGCAACUGUAACCAUUAUACUGUUACCUCUUUGGGAAUCACGGAAAGUGCUGUUGACGAUUCUUACUCUCGGAAAGUAUAGACCUGCAGGCAAAUAUAAGAGUUCCCAAACGGAAUCUUCACAAGAUACAGACGUAAAAGAUGUUUCUGACAGCGAAUCUAAAGUCAACUCUUUAGAUGUUAUGUUAGAAGCAAGCAAGCUAGAAGGCUCUGGAAAGCUGUAAGCUGCUAUAGUCCUGUACUGUCUAAAGACCUUUUUUUCGAAUAAUCUGUUUGUGAUAGUUUUAGUAGUGGAAAGCAACUUUGAGAAAACAAUAUUAGCUGAUUCGACGUUGUUGGCUAAAAUAAAUUUGUGUCUGCAAGUUUUGAUACGUUAGUCUCAUAUCAUUGUUGU